CGGGGCCCAUGGAGCUGAUGUUCGCCGAGUGGGAGGACGGCGAGCGCUUCUCCUUCGAGGACUCGGACCGCUUCGAGGAGGACUCGCUGUGCUCCUUCAUCUCCGAGGCCGAGAGCCUGUGUCAGAACUGGCGGGGCUGGCGCAAGCAGUCGGCGGGGCCCAACUCGCCCACGGGCGGCGGCGGCGGCGGGGGCGGCGGCGGCGGGGCCCGCACGCGAGAUGGUCUGGUGAUCCCAUUGGUAGAGCUGUCAGCAAAGCAGGUGGCAUUCCACAUACCAUUCGAAGUGGUGGAGAAAGUUUACCCUCCAGUGCCUGAGCAGCUCCAGCUCCGGAUUGCUUUUUGGAGCUUCCCAGAAAAUGAGGAGGAUAUUCGGCUGUAUUCCUGCCUGGCCAAUGGCAGUGCAGAUGAAUUCCAGCGAGGUGAUCAGCUGUUCCGCAUGAGGGCUGUGAAGGACCCGUUGCAAAUAGGGUUCCAUCUGAGUGCCACCGUGGUACCGCCCCAGAUGGUCCCUCCACAAGGAGCCUACAAUGUUGCUGUGAUGUUUGACCGUUGCCGGGUCACUUCCUGCAGUUGUACCUGUGGGGAUGGGGCCAAAUGGUGUACACACGUCGUGGCCCUCUGUCUCUUUCGCAUUCAUAAUGCCUCUGCAGUCUGCCUGCGUGCCCCAGUCUCUGAGUCUCUGUCUCGGCUGCAGAGGGAUCAGCUGCAGAAGUUCGCCCAGUACCUCAUUAGUGAGCUUCCUCAGCAGAUCCUCCCCACAGCGCAGCGUCUCCUAGAUGAACUUCUGUCCUCUCAGUCAACAGCUAUCAACACAGUGUGUGGCGCCCCAGACCCCACAGCAGGUCCUUCAGCCUCUGACCAGAGUACUUGGUACUUAGACGAAUCAACACUCACAGACAACAUCAAGAAGACCCUACACAAGUUCUGUGGCCCAUCCCCUGUGGUCUUCAGUGACGUGAACUCUAUGUAUUUGUCUUCCACUGAGCCUCCGGCCGCUGCUGAGUGGGCAUGUCUGCUGCGGCCUUUGAGGGGCCGGGAGCCUGAGGGUGUCUGGAAUCUGCUUAGUAUCGUGCGGGAGAUGUUCAAGCGCCGGGACAGCAAUGCGGCUCCCCUGCUGGAGAUCCUCACGGACCAGUGCCUCGCUUACGAGCAGAUUACGGGCUGGUGGUACAGCGUGCGUACUUCAGCCUCACAUAGCAGUGCCAGUGGGCACACGGGCCGUAGCAAUGGACAGUCGGAAGUGGCAGCCCAUGCAUGUGCCAGCAUGUGUGACGAAAUGGUCACCUUGUGGAGACUGGCUGUGCUGGAUCCUGCACUCAGCCCUCAGCGCCGCCGGGAACUAUGUGCACAGCUGCGCCAGUGGCAGCUGAAGGUGAUCGAGAACGUGAAGCGGGGACAGCACAAAAAGACCUUGGAGCGGCUCUUCCCUGGUUUCCGGCCGGCAGUUGAGGCCUGCUACUUUAACUGGGAGGAGGCCUACCCACUGCCCGGUGUCACCUACAGUGGCACUGACCGGAAGCUUGCACUGUCCUGGGCCCGAGCCCUGCCGCCUCGGCCAGGGGCUGCCCGCACUGGGGGCCUGGAGGAAUCCCGGGAGCGGCCCCGAGUGCCUCCUGCGGAGCCAGCAGUUCGGCCCAAGGAGCCAGGGGCCAAACGAAAGGGCUUGGGUGAAGGGGUACCCUCGUCACAGAGGGCUUCCCGCCGCCUAUCAGCUGAGGGGGGAGACAAGGUGCUGCAUAAGAUGGGGCCAGGUGGGGGCAAAGCCAAGUCCUUGGGGGGGGCCAGCAGUGGGAGCAAAGGUCCAGCUGGAGGUGGGAGCAAGCGGCGGCUGAGCAGUGAGGACAGUUCCCUGGAGCUAGACCUGGCCGAGAUGAGCUUGGAUGACAGCAGCUUGGCCCUGGGCGCUGAAGCCAGCACUUUUGGUGGAUUCCCUGAGAGCUUGCCGCCCUGCACAACCUCUGGGGGCUCUCGAGGCCCUUCUGCCUUCCUUCCUGAACCCUCAGAUACUUAUGAAGAAGAUGGUGGUGUAUACUUCUCCGAAGGGCCCGAGCCUCCUGUAGCCUCUGUGGGCCCCCCAGGCCUACUGCCAGGGGAGGUUUGUGCUCACAGUGACAGCCCUAUGACAGAUGAGGGUGGUAGGGCACCUCCCAAAACCAAAGAGGCUGCCCCUGCCACAGGGGAGGAGGACGAUGACUACCAGGCCUAUUACCUAAAUACCCAGGAUGGCGCUGGAGGUGAGGAGGAGAAGGCUGAUGGAAUGGCUGGGGAGGAGCACGACCUGUUUGCAGGACUGAAGCCUCUGGAGCAGGAGAGCCGCAUGGAGGUCCUGUUUGCUUGUGCUGAGGCCCUGCAUGCUCAUGGCUACAGUAGCGAGGCCUCUCGCCUCACUGUGGAGCUUGCCCAGGACUUGUUGGCCAACCCGCCUGACCUCAAGGUAGAGCCUCCCCCGGCCAAGGGCAAGAAGAACAAAGUCUCCACUAGCCGUCAGACAUGGGUAGCUACCAACACUCUGACCAAGGCAGCUUUCCUGUUAACAGUGCUCAGUGAGCGAUCAGAGCACCACAACCUGGCCUUCCGAGUUGGCAUGUUUGCCUUGGAGCUGCAGCGACCCCCAGCUUCUACCAAAGCCUUGGAGGUGAAGCUGGCACACCAGGAAUCUGAAGUGGCUGCUCUGCUUAAAAAGAUUCCACGGGGUCCCAGUGAGAUGAGCACCAUGCGAUGCCGGGCCGAGGAGCUCCGGGAAGGGACAUUGUGUGACUAUCGGCCAGUGCUACCUCUCAUGUUGGCUAGUUUCAUCUUUGAUGUUCUCUGUGCUCCAGUGGUUUCUCCCACAGGCUCCCGGCCCCCAAAUCGAAGCUGGAAUAAUGAGAUGCCUGGGGAUGAAGAGCUGGGAUUUGAAGCUGCAGUUGCUGCCUUGGGUAUGAAGACAACAGUUAGUGAAGCGGAGCAUCCCCUCUUGUGUGAAGGUACCCGGCGGGAAAAGGGCAACCUGGCGUUGGCACUUAUGAUCACGUAUAAGGAUGACCAGACCAAGCUCAAAAAGAUCUUAGACAAGCUCUUGGAUCGAGAGAGCCAAACCCAUAAGCCUCAGACGCUGAGUUCAUUCUACUCCUCAAGUCGCCCUGCUGCAGCCAGCCAGAGAUCUCCUUCAAAGCAUGGUCCCCCAGCUGCUCCAGGGGCUUUGCAGCCAUUGGCCUCUGGCUCCUCAGGGCCUGCUCAGCCAGGCAGCGUCGCUGGAGCUGGGACAGGCCCCCCUGAGGGCUUCACAGAGAAAAGUGUGCCUGAGAGUUCACCCCAUUCUACCUGUGAGGGGCUGCCUGCUGAGAUGGCUGUGACUCCAAGGCCAGAGGGGAAAGUCCCCAGUCGCCUGGCACUUGGUAAUCGUGGCGGUUACAACGGACGUGGCUGGGGUUCCCCAGGGCGACCAAAGAAGAAGCACACAGGCAUGGCCAGCAUUGACAGCAGUGCCCCCGAAACAACAUCAGACAGUUCCCCCACCUUAAGUCGGAGGCCACUUCGCGGGGGCUGGGCCCCUACGUCCUGGGGUCGAGGCCAAGACAGUGACAGCAUCAGCAGCUCGUCCUCAGACUCCCUGGGCUCUUCAUCCUCCAGUGGCAGCCGCCGGGCCAGCGCCAGUGGAGGAGCUCGGGCCAAGACAGUCGAUGUGGGCAGGUAUAAGGGCCGCCGUCCUGAGAGCCAUGCACCCCAUGUUCCCAAUCAGCCGUCUGAGGCAGCUGCACACUUCUAUUUUGAGCUGGCCAAGACGGUGCUGAUCAAGGCAGGGGGAAACAGCAGCACCUCCAUCUUCACACACCCGUCAUCCUCAGGGGGCCACCAGGGCCCCCAUCGCAACCUACACCUGUGCGCCUUCGAGAUUGGCCUUUACGCCCUCGGCCUGCACAACUUUGUGUCUCCUAACUGGCUCUCACGUACCUACUCCUCCCAUGUGUCCUGGAUCACAGGUCAGGCCAUGGAGAUUGGCAGUGCAGCCCUGACCAUCCUGGUGGAGUGCUGGGAUGGGCACCUGACUCCCCCUGAGGUUGCAUCCCUAGCUGACAGGGCAUCACGGGCUCGUGACUCCAACAUGGUGAGGGCAGCGGCAGAGCUGGCCCUCAGCUGCCUGCCUCAUGCUCAUGCCCUGAAUCCGAAUGAGAUCCAGCGGGCCCUGGUUCAGUGCAAGGAACAGGACAACCUGAUGUUGGAGAAGGCCUGCAUGGCAGUGGAGGAGGCUGCUAAGGGUGGGGGCGUGUACCCCGAAGUGUUGUUUGAGGUUGCUCACCAGUGGUUCUGGCUAUAUGAGCAAACAGCAGGUGGUUCAUCCACUGCCCGUGAAGGGGCAACAAGCUGUAGUGCCAGUGGGAUCAGGGCAGCAGGGGAGGCGGGGCGGGGGUUGCCUGAGGGCAGGGGGGCCCCUGGCACUGAGCCAGUUACAGUGGCGGCAGCGGCAGUGACAGCGGCAGCCACAGUGGUGCCAGUCAUUUCGGUGGGGUCCAGUUUAUAUCCGAGUCCAGGAUUGGGGCACAGUCACUCCCCUGGCCUGCACCCCUACACUGCCCUCCAGCCCCACCUGCCCUGUAGCCCUCAGUACCUCACACAUCCAGCUCACCCUGCCCACCCCCUGCCGCAUAUGCCCCGGCCUGCUGUCUUCCCUGUGCCCAGCUCUGCGUACCCACAGGGUGUACAUCCUGCAUUCCUGGGGGCCCAGUACCCCUACUCAGUGACGCCCCCCUCACUUGCUGCCACAGCUGUGUCUUUCCCCGUCCCUUCCAUGACACCUAUCACAGUACAUCCCUACCACACAGAGUCAGGGCUCCCACUGCCUACCAGUGUGGCCUGUGAGUUGUGGGGGCAGGGAGCAGUGAGCAGCGUGCACCCGGCCCCUGCCUUCCCGGCCAUCCAGGGCAGCUCCUUGCCGGCUCUGACCACACAGCCGAGUCCUUUGGUGAGCGGCGGCUUCCCACCACCUGAGGAGGAGGCCCACAGCCAGCCGGUCAGCCCACACAACCUACACCACCUGCACGCUGCCUACCGUGUCGGAAUGCUAGCACUGGAGAUGCUGGGCCGUCGGGCACCUAACGAUCACCCCAACAACUUCUCCCGCUCUCCCCCCUACACUGAUGAUGUCAAAUGGUUGCUGGGGCUGGCAGCAAAGCUGGGAGAUCGUCAUGGAGACACUGCAGCGGCUGAGCCCUGCUCACGCCCACAACCACCUGCGGGCCCCGGCCUUCCACCAGCUGGUGCAGCGCUGCCAGCAGGCAUACAUGCAGUAUAUCCACCACCGCCUGAUCCACCUGACGCCCGCAGACUACGACGACUUUGUGAACGCGAUCUGCAGUGCGCGCAGCGCCUUCUGCCUGACGCCCAUGGGCAUGAUGCAGUUCAACGACAUCCUGCAGAACCUCAAGCGCAGCAAGCAGACCAAGGAACUGUGGCGGCGGGUCUCCCUCGAGAUGACCACCUUCUCCCCCUGAGGCUGGCCCCUGCAGUACCCUUCACGGGGACACAAGCCUGCAGCUUUGGGGGGCAUGAGCCAUGGCCAGACAGCUCCUCGUUUGGCUCCUUGGUCGCCCAGACUGGCAGCUGCUCAUUGGCCGUAGCUUGGGGCCAAGAUAUCUCAGAUCCUAGAAACUUUGGGCUGGGGGAGAUGGCCCUGUCUGGGAGGGGGCACUGGGUGGCCUCCGGUAUUUAUUUGGCAUUUAUAAAUAUAUAAACUCCUUUUUUACUCUA